CGAGGCAGCAACAAGCACAACUGAACCAACAACAACUACCAUUGAGGCAACUAUGUCAACCACAAAUGAAACAACCACAACCACAUUUGAACCAACAACAACCACAACUGAAUCAAUAAUAACAACUGAACCAACAACAAUAAUUGAACCAACAACAACCAUAAAUGAACCAACAACUACAAUUAAAUCAAUUUCUUCAAACACAAAUGAACCAACCACCAUUGAGGUAGCUACUUCAACCACAAAUGUACAAACAUCACCAAUGGAACCAACAACAACCACAAAUGAGGCAACAACAACCACAAUUGUACCAACAUCAAACACCAUUGAGGCACCAACUUCAACCACACAUGUACCAAUGACAACCAUGAAUGAACAUACAACAAGCAAAAUUGAGGCAAUUAUGUCAACCAGAAAUGAAGCAAAUACAGCUACAAUUGAACCAACAACAACCACAAUUGAGGCAACUCAACCAAAAAUGACAACUGAGGCAACAACAACCACAACUGAGCCAACUACAUCAACCACAACUGAACCAACAACAACUGCAAAUGAAGCAACAACAACCACAGCUGAACAGUCAACAACCCCAGCUAAAUUAACAACAACCACAAUUGAGGCAACAACUUCAAUCACAACAAUAGCCACAAUUGAGACAACUACCUCUGCUACAAAAGAAGCAACAACAACCAGAAUUGAAACAACUGUCACAACCAGAACUACUCUAGCUCCGACGACAAGAACUACAACUACCUCAGCACCUGUCACAUCAACCAAAACUUCAUCAGCCCGUACUACAACAAUCAGAACUACCGCGGCACCUACCACAACCACUCCAACGGCAGCCCCCGGUACAACUACAAUGGUUCCCACCACAACAACCACCACAACUACAACUACAACAGUUCCCACCACAACAACCACCACGACUACAACCAGACCACCAUCUCGUCCAGCUCCUACAUUUGAGAUUCGGGCUGUCCUUUUAAUAGUAUUUCAGUCAGCUCUCACCGACUCACAGAGCCCAGAGUUCCAGCAACAAGCUGCUGUGGUUGAAAAUGAAUGUGAUAUCAUCUAUCGACGACGCUUCGGAUUUCUGUUUGUGCGGUCAAUCGUGAGAGCAUUCAGGCUGGCUACUAGAUACCGAGGGGACACCGUUGAAUCAGAAGUUGAGACAGAUGUUGACAUUGUGUUCAAUGAGACUUCAACUGAGCCCCUCCCUACAAGCUCUGUAGUUGUUGAAGCCCUGGCUAUCGCCGCAAAUGACUCAAGUUCAGGCUUCAAUCUCUCUGUGGUUGCGGGAUCUCUCUUUGUGAGAAAUGAACCCAAAUCAGCAGCCAUUGUUCAGUUCCGAACCAAUGACACAUUUAUUGCUGACCUUUUAGAUUCCUCUUCGGUUGCCUUCAGUGAAAGAUCCUCACUUAUCAAAACAGAGCUUGAGCCAUUUUUCUUUGAAGACUACCAGCCAAACUUCAUCAGCCUCACACCAACAAGCUACAGCAAAGGAUCUAUUAUCCAUGAAGCCAACAUGACCAUAACCUCUGAUGCAACAUUCCCCAAUGAUACACAGGUUAUAGCCACUCUGACUAGAGCUGCCAUGAGUGGAAAUUUGUCAUUUACCAUCAUCUUCAUCAACGGCACAGCGGUGUCUGCUGGUGAAGUCAGCAGCAGUGUUAACCUCCUGAGUGCCUGUGGACUCACUCUCAUAUCACUCCUUGUGGCUCGGCCCUGAUAGACUCGGAGAUCUCUGACCUUUGACCUCACGAUGGAGUAUCA